AUGGAGGAAAAGCUACCUCCUGGGUUCAGGUUCCAUCCCACAGACGAAGAACUCAUAACAUAUUAUUUAUUAAGGAAAGUGUCUGAUACUGCCUUCACAUCCAAAGCUGUAGCAGUUGUUGAUCUCAAUAAAUCUGAACCUUGGGACCUCCCAGGUAAGGCUUCGAUGGGUGAGAAGGAAUGGUAUUUUUUCAGCUUGAAAGAUCGGAAAUAUCCAACAGGGCUUCGAACGAAUCGAGCGACGGAAUCAGGGUACUGGAAAACCACAGGAAAGGAUAAGGAGAUAUUUGGUGGUGGAGUUUUGAUAGGAAUGAAGAAAACCUUAGUGUUCUACAUGGGCAGAGCUCCAAGGGGUGAGAAAAGUAACUGGGUCAUGCACGAGUAUAGGCUACAAAACAAGCAACACUUUAGAUCUUCAAAGGAAGAAUGGGUGGUUUGCAGAGUGUUCCAAAAGAACUCAGCACCCAAGAAACCACAGCAAACAUCAUCCUCCCAACCACCACCACCUCAAGAGUCCCCUACCUCAAUGGUCAACGAAUUUGGUGACGUUGACCUACCCAAUCUAAAUACCAUUGCAAAUUCUUCUAGUAGCUUCACCAACAUUGGAGGACAAAUAUACAAUAAUGUCGGUGCUGAUCUCAGCAACACAAACAUGAACUUUACCAUGAAUUGGCCUUCUGGAUUGCUCAAUCCAACAAACCUUUCCAUGAAUUCGUUGCUUUUCAAGGCGUUACAACUUAGGAGUGAUCAUCAUCAUCAUCACUUCGCAACUCAAGGAUUUUCUCUCAAUAAUAAUAUUGGAGCAGGAACUGAUCUCAGUGCUUCUUCUUCUUCUUCCAAAGCGUUAGAAUCCUGUGUGCCGCAGCUGGAGCAACCAUUCAAUAUGGACUCCAUUUGGUGAAGCUGUGUAAAGUAAAAUACGUGUAUAAUAUAUAUCAUGUGAAUUAUAAUGUCUCAAUUCCAUAUAGAUAAAAAUGAAGAUGGUGCCAUUUCCAAGGAGAAUGGAAUCACUUUCUUUUUCAAGAUAACUCUUAUUCAUGUUGUAAACAUUAUACUCAUGCAUGCAUUGUUGAAAUCUUGAUAAGGAAAUUCUCCUUAGUCGGUCAAGCAACAGAAUUAACUUGGAUGAGAAAUGUCAGGGAAACAAAAACUGUUAUAUCCUAUGCAAGACAUUAUUCAAGGGUUCAGUUGCAUCUGAUUGAGUAUGAUUUUUGUGCUAUUAUGUGAAGCAUCAUUAAGGUAGCGUUCGGUAAUGAAAUGAGACAGAAUGGAAUGGAAUAAAACAAUGAUAUAUUUAUAUUGUAUUAGAUAAUAAUAGAACGGAACCAUAUGUGUAUUU